AUGGGGGAAGCGACGACUCAGAAUACUAAUAAAGAGGCCUUUUUCAAAGGACUCGAGGAGUUGGAUGAUUUGAUGGGUAACGAUAAUGAUAACGAGGCUGGUGAUGGUGAUGACUUUGCUCGCCUUAUAAGUUUUUCGAGAAGAGGUGUGGAAUAUUUGGACUCUACGCCUUCGUUCGUGGCUACUUCUUCGUCGUCUUCAGCGGGUUUGGAACUCUCCUACACGAAUACCGUGCCCGAGUCUUCGUUUAAGAGUCAAACGGCAUCUAGGACAGACGAGAUGGUGUCGACGGCGAAGAGACCACCGCCGUUGAAGACCGUAAAGACAACAGGGACUCUGUCCGAGGGGAAACAGGAGGGCCCUCCUUGUAAGAGAAGGCGGACAUAUGCCGCCAGGACUGUGCCGGAACAGCAGCAGAUCUUCAGAGGUCUUGUAUUCUUCUUCUUCCCCAACAGCGAUGUGUCUCCCGUACGACGUCUGCGGAUCCAGCGUGCGCAGGAAUACGGUGCCUUCUGGGCUAGGUCAUGGGAUAAGAAUGUGACGCAUGUGAUUGUCGACAAAGGACUGAAGUAUGAGGACGUCCUUCGUCAUAUGGAGCUGGACAUUUUUCCGGCUACUAUCGCCCUGGUGGAUGAAGGCUAUCCUGCUGAGUGUAUCAAAUUUCGAUGUGUGCUAAAUCCUGCGCAGUCGCGGUUUCGUGUCAGUGGGUUCCCAUUGCCAUCUGUGGCUAAAGAGCCAUCUUUCGAGGUCGAGGAAUCGUCAGGUGGUUCUCUGCCGCUCAAGCCGCCAAAGGGGCAACUGCAACAUACCCCGACAGAGUCAGAGCAAAUGUCGAGUGGUCAAGCUAAUCAACCAGUUCAGGGACAGCAAAUUGAGCCAGAGUCGGCCAAUGUGCCCGCUAAAGAAGGUCCCACUCGUGAACGCGAUGCCCUAGAUGAUAUCAUCGAGGAAACUAAAACCACGAAGGACCUGCCUUUGGACGAGUUAGAACCUGGAGAGGAAAAUACAGAUGCAGCAGAUUCAUCAGAGGGGUCCGAAUUUGAGGCAGAAGAAAGAAGAAAAAUGUCCUCGCAAAAGCCGGACCCAGUGGUAGAAUCAUGGCAGCAACGAUUCGCGUGCAUGCAGAAACACGAAGUGAAUUCGGACUCCAAGAGCCCUAACAGCCGAACGAUCGAGGUCUUGCAGCAAAUGCUCGAUUACUACGAGAGAACCGCAGACCACUGGCGAGUGAUUGCCUAUCGCAAGGCAAUCAGUGCUCUUCGUAGACAACCCAAGAGGAUUGUAACACGAACACAAGCUAGGGCGAUUACGGGAAUCGGACCACGGCUGGCAGACAAGAUCGAGGAAAUUGUUUUCACGAAUCGGUUACGUCGCUUAGAGAAUGCCAACUGUUCACCGGAGGACUUGAUUCUCCAGAAGUUUCUGGGAGUGUACGGCGCUGGUGUUUCUCAAGCAUCCCGAUGGGUCGCUCAAGGGUUCAAGACGCUUGACGACUUGAAAGCGAAAGCGACCUUGACUAAGUUGCAACGGGUUGGAGUCGACCACUAUGAUGAUUUCGCGCAACGUAUUUCACGGAAGGAAGUCGAAGCACAUGGUGCCAUCGUCCAAAAAGCCGUCCACAAGGCCGAUCCCAACAUGCAAGCCAUAAUCAGUGGAUCAUAUCGACGGGGAGCCGCCAACUCGGGAGACAUCGACAUGCUAAUCACUAGACCCGACGCAACGAUCGAGCAGAUCCGCACCCUGAUGAUGGAAGCCGUAGUCCCGGAUCUAUUCCAGCAGGGAUUUCUUCAAGUCAACUUAGCUAGCACGUCGCGCGGGGAUGGAUCUAAAUGGCACGGAGCGUCCGCGCUACCCGGCAGCCCGAUCUGGCGACGCAUUGAUCUCCUCUUCGUGCCUGGAUCCCAGAUCGGAGCGGCGCUGAUCUACUUCACAGGCAACGACAUAUUCAACCGCAGUAUGCGUCUCUUGGCUAGUAAGAAGGACAUGCUUCUUAACCAACGAGGGCUGUAUGCAUAUGUGUUGCGUGGGGAGCAGCGGAAGAAGUUGUUAGAGGGACGGUUGGUUGAGGGACGGGAUGAACGACGCAUCUUUGAGUUGUUGGGAGUGCCUUGGCGGCCUCCGGAGCAUCGUAUUUGCUGA